AUGAUGAUUCUAAAACAAACCAAAAAGAAAAGAAUAUGGGAUAAUGUUCUCUUCCCUGACAAUCUCAAAAGAUUAAAAAGAGCAAAUGAAUUACAAAACGAUAUUAAACUAUACACAGUUGAACUUACUAGAAAAAAAGAAAAAUUAGAUUCUUGUAUUAAAACUUUAAAAGAAAAAUUAGAUAAGAUAACAAUAAAACUUGAUAUUCCUAAAAUUCCAUAUAUCGAAAAACAAAUUUAUAAAGAUUCUACUUUUUGGAUUCUUGGAACGAUAGAAUUUAUUGUAGAUUUUGAAAUAUUUCGAAGAGCUUAUCAUCACGCGUAUAAAUUUUGGGAAAUUAAAAUAAAAAAAACUUCAAUUCCUGAUAUUAGUAAUAUAGAUAUAACAUCUGAUGAUGAUGUUGUUAUAAUCUGGGAUCGUAAUGAACCUCGUCCAGGCACAAGUACAAGAGUUACUCCUCAAAAUCCAGAAGUUCCUGUUCGUCCAGAAAUUACUGUUCCAGAAGUUCCUACCCGUCCAAAACUUCCUCCUUUGCGAGAAUUAUGGUUUAAAUUCAAAUGGAAUCCAAGGGUUUUUUCUGUUGUAGUAAGCGGUUUUAUUACCGUACUUGCAGCUAUUGGUAUUGAUUUAAUAGUUAGUUCAUACACCGGUAGUCAAAGAAAAAAAGAAAUACAAAAUUAUAUCAACGAAUGUCGAGAACCACGUGUCGAAAUAUAUCAUGAUAUUAUGGUUUUAGAUUUUCUUAUAGAUCAAAUUAAAGCAUUUAUAAUGGCAAUAGAUUUAAUGACUGGAAUUUCAGAAGCACAAUUAGAAAACAUGUUUGAAACCCUUCAAAAUAAAUGUAAUGAAGAAAUUAAGAAAAUCGACGAUUAUGUAAAAGCAGAAGAAAUAUUAAAACAAAUGGAUAAAGAAAGAGGCUCGUGG